ACCCUCCCUGAGCCCACAGCCCCCUCGGUGUCUCUGUCCCAGUGUUGCCAUUCCGACGCACAUCCCUCUCAGACGAGCAACAGCUACGCGGAGUUGGCCAAAGUGGACUACACAGAUUCCUCUGCGGGCAGACACGACUUCAUACCCGGGCUUUUCCAUCCUCUGCUCGGGGUUUGUGCAUCAGCAGAGAGAUGCGCCCCUGGACAGAGGUUCGCUCUCGGUAAAGUCAGAUAAAGAGAAUGAGACUGAGAAAGGGCGCAGUGUAAAGGAAAAAAAAAAAAACGCGCUCUUGUAGCAUCGCGCACAACAACUACGGGGGAAUAACGGGACCUGAUUGAAUGCAACAUAAAGACGCGCUCGGUUUUUUUUUAUUCCCUGGGAUGUUUUUUUUGGUAAAAUGGGGCGGUGAGAGCCCUCAUCACAAGUGAAGACAUGAGAAUUGGGAGAGGAACAAAAAGCUCGGCUGCGGUGCUCUGUGUUUGAGUCUCCAUCCAUCCAUCCAUCCAUCCAUCCGAAGGGGUCCAAUCUACACACCUUUCUUCAUGUUGCAAAAGCCUGUUUUAUGACAAUGGAUUACUUGCUGUGGGUGUGCAGCCUCAUUGUCCCCGUGGUGCUGGCUGUAGAAGAAACCCUUAUGGACAGUCGGUGGGCAACCACAGAGCUGGCUUGGACCACAUUCCCAGAGAGUGGGUGGGAGGAGGUUAGCGGCUAUGACGACUCCAUGAGCCCAAUCAGAACCUACCAGGUGUGUAAUGUUCGACAGCCCAACCAGAACAACUGGCUCAGGACGGACUUUAUCCCCCGCAAGGGCGUGCUGCGCGUCUAUGUGGAGCUGAAGUUUUCUGUCCGUGACUGUGCCAGCAUCCCCAACAUCCCCGGCUCCUGCAAAGAGACCUUUAAUCUGUUUUACUAUGAGUCAGAGGGGGACACAGCUACAGACACCAGCCCUCUGUGGAGAGAGAACCCAUAUGUGAAGGUGGAUACUAUCGCCCCGGAUGAGAGUUUCUCUCUGCUGGAAGCGGGCAGGAUCAACACCAAAGUGCGCAGCUUUGGCCCCCUCUCCAAGGCAGGUUUCUAUCUGGCGUUCCAGGAUCUGGGCGCCUGCAUGUCACUCAUCUCAGUCAGGGUUUUCUUCAAGAAGUGCUCCACCACUAUCGCCAAUUUCGCUGUCUUCCCGGAGACUGCUACAGGGGCGGAAGCCACCUCUUUAGUGAUCGCUCCAGGAGCCUGUGUGACCAAUGCUAUGGAGGUGUCCGUCCCUCUGAAGCUUUACUGCAACGGGGAUGGCGAGUGGAUGGUUCCUGUGGGUUCGUGCACCUGCGUCGCCGGCUUUGAACCUUCUGGAGACAGCACACAGUGCCAGGCUUGCAUCCCUGGGACCUUUAAAUCCAAAUUUGGGGAGGGAACCUGCGCUGCUUGCCCGUCCAACAGUCGCACCAGUGCACGAGGAGCCAAUAUUUGUCCCUGCCAGAAUGGUUUCUACCGUGCUGACAGCGACCCCCCUGACUCCGGCUGUACCACGAUCCCCUCAGCGCCUCGCAACGUUAUAUCCAGCGUGAACGAGACCUCGCUGUCCUUGGAGUGGGAGGAGCCUGAGGACACAGGCGGGAGGAGCGAUCUGGUCUAUAAUGUGGUGUGUAAGAAAUGUCUGAGAGACCGGAGCCCGUGCACACGCUGUGACGACAACGUGGACAUCGCUCCCCGCAGGCUGGGGCUGAGGCAGAGGAAGGUCGUGGUGAGGAAUCUGCAGGCUCACACCCGCUACAGUUUCGAGGUGCAAGCUGUCAACGGGGUUUCUGGGAAAAACCCCACCUCACCCAGAUACUCCACUGUCAACAUCACCACCAACCAAGCCGCACCUUCAGCAGUGCCCACCGUCCAUCUGAUGCGCUCCACCUCAGACACUCUCAGCCUGUCCUGGCUGCCCCCUGAGAAGCCCAACGGAGUCAUCCUCGACUAUGAGAUUAAAUACCAUGAGAGGGGCCAGGCGAUGUCCCACACAGUAACAUCCCAGCACAGCUCAGCCAAGGUGGAGGGACUGAGGGCUGCAACCUCCUACGUGGUGCAGGUCAGAGCUCGCACUGUUGCUGGGUAUGGACGCUACAGCAACCCCAUGGACUUCAGCACCAGUCUUCACAGUGACCCCCAGAAGUCGGUGCAGGACCAGCUGCCUCUCAUCAUAGGCUCGGCCUCCGCGGGUCUGGUGGUCAUAGUUGCCUUGGUGGUUAUCGCAGUUGUCUGCCUUAAGAAGCAGCGCAGCGGCUCGGAGCUGGAGUACACUGAGAAACUGCAGCAAUACAUUUCUCCAGGAGUCAAAGUGUACAUCGACCCGUUCACCUACGAGGACCCUAACGACGCCGUCCACGAGUUUGCCAAAGAGAUAGACAUCUCCUGCGUGAAAAUAGAAGAAGUCAUCGGUGCAGGGGAAUUUGGCGAGGUGUGCCGCGGGCGUCUCAAGCAGGCCGGACGCAGGGAGAUGGUCGUGGCAAUUAAGACGCUGAAAGCUGGCUACACCGAGCGGCAGAGGCGGGACUUCCUAGCCGAGGCGUCAAUCAUGGGCCAGUUUGACCACCCCAACGUGAUCCGGCUGGAGGGUGUCCUGACGCGGAGCUGCCCCGUCCUCAUCAUCACCGAAUUCAUGGAGAACGGUGCGCUCGAUUCCUUCCUCAGGCUGAACGACGGGCGCUUCACGAUGACGCAGCUGGUCGGGAUGUUGCGUGGCAUCGCUGCAGGGAUGAAGUACCUAUCUGACAUGAACUACGUCCACCGAGACCUGGCUGCCCGGAAUAUCCUGGUCAACAGCAACUUGGUCUGCAAGGUCUCUGACUUUGGCCUGUCACGCUUUCUGGAUGACACAUCCGCUGACCCCACUUACACAAGCUCCCUGGGAGGAAAGAUUCCCAUCCGGUGGACGUCACCAGAGGCCAUCGCCUUCAGAAAGUUUACCUCUGCAAGUGAUGUCUGGAGUUACGGUAUCGUCAUGUGGGAGGUGGUGUCCUACGGAGAGAGGCCAUACUGGGACAUGAGCAACCAGGAUGUGAUGACGGCAGUAGAACAGGACUACAGGCUGCCCCCGCCUAUGGACUGUCCCAUGGUGCUGCACCAGCUGAUGCUCGAGUGCUGGAUGAAGGAGAGAAACCUGAGGCCCAAGUUCUCACGCAUCGUCAGCACCCUGGACAAGUUGCUCCGCAACGCCGCCAGCCUCAAGGUGGUGACCAGCACCUACUCAGGGGACCUGCUGCGGCUCGGAGGGACGCUGCCGGGACACAACAGGAAGAGUCCGGACAGCAGUCAGGAAAUCGUUCGGCAACAGAUGAGCCAAACUCUCCCCAUCAGAGUGUGAGCUGCUGCAAAGUGGAGGAUACAGAAUGAAUAAAAAAACUACCUAAAAACUCUGACCCGAAGAGAGCCUGAUGUAAAAUAAGAAAAAGAAGAAAACAAAAGAAGGAUGCUCCGGCUACGUAAGGAAAAGGGGACCGUUUUGGAGAUUUCUUUCCGCCUGGAGAUUUAAUGUCCGUUUAAAGAGAACUUUCCAUUGCAGUGUGUGUGUUCAUUACUUGACACUUGUGGAUUUGUGACAUAAAGCCAAACUUCCUAUUGUCCCCCAUCUCAGGUUGUGUU